CUGCCCAGUCUGAUAAACUACUGACUAAAAGAGAACAUAAGCCUGCUACCGGGUUUGGAUUAGCAGUUCCUAAUCCUAGAGAUGAUGGUUGUGGGGAUGGGAGAAGAUCUGCCUGUGGUGCUAAAAUUACAGAUGUUAGUUGGACAAUACUGUCCAAGAAUGAACGGCAACCUUGGGGGGCAAUUGGGGGAUACCUCAAGAUGACGAUUACUACUCCUGGAGGUGACCCAAAAUAUAUAGGUGAAGUUUCCUUUAGUGAUGACAAUGGUCACAAAUAUCAUAUUGUAAAUGACCUUCAGUAUCUUUUUGAUCCGCAAUAUACAUUCUUUUGGCCUUAUCCUAUUGAUGAAACACCUAUUGGCGUGUGGGCUGAUGUUUGGGCUUCAAUAUAUUGGAAUUGUGAUGAUGGUCUUAAAUCUGCCCACUCUGAUAAACUACUAACUAAGAGAGAACAUAAGCCUGCUAUCGGGAUUGCAAAACCUCCUAAUCCUAUAGAUGAUGGUUGUGGGGAUGGGAGAAGAUCUACUUGUGGUGCUAAAAUUACAGAUGUUAGUUGGACAAUACUGUCCAAGAAUGAAUGGCAACCUUGGGGGGCAAUUGGGGGAUACCUCAAGAUGACGAUUACUACUCCUGGAGGUGACCCAAAAUACAUAGGUGAAGUUUCCUUUAGUGAUGACAAUGGGCACAAAUAUCAUAUUGUAAAUGACCCUCAGUAUCUUUAUGAUCCGCAAUAUACAUUCUUUUGGCCUUAUCCUAUUGAUGAAACACCUAUUGGCGUGUGGGCUGAUGUUUGGGCUUCAAUAUAUUGGAAUUGUGAUGAUGAUUUUAAAUGUGCUCGUGAAUUUGUACACUUACGAACUUGGGUCCCUCCACAAUAA